CCCAGGCCAUAAAACCCGGGCCAGGCUCGGGGCUCAGCUCAGCUCAGCGUGCUCCUGCAGCCACCAUGGUGCACUGGUCAGCCGAGGAGAAGCAGCUCAUCACCAGCGUGUGGGCCAAGGUCAGCGUGGAGGAAUGCGGCGCCGAGGCCCUGGCCAGGCUGCUGAUCGUCUACCCCUGGACCCAGAGGUUCUUCUCUGACUUCGGGAACCUGUCCAGCCCCACGGCCAUCAUCGGCAACCCCAAGGUGCGUGCCCAUGGCAAGAAGGUGCUGACCUCCUUCGGGGAGGCCAUCAAGAACCUGGACAACCUCAAGGGCACCUACUCCAAGCUGUCUGAGCUGCACUGCGACAAGCUGCACGUGGACCCCGAGAACUUCAGGCUCCUUGGGGACAUCCUGGUCAUCGUCCUGGCGUCCCACUUGGGCAGGGAUUUCACCCCUGUGUGCCAGGGUGCCUGGCAGAAGCUCGUGGGUGUGGUGGCCCAUGCUCUGGCCCACAAGUACCACUGACCACCCUGGGGCCAGCCCCAGCCCCACGAGGAGCCCCUGACCCCAAUGAACCCUCCAAUGAACCCUCUGAUGAACCCUCCAAGAAACCCUUCAAUAAACCUGUCCAUCA